GCUAGCCUCCAUUCCGUUAAUUUUCAAAACUUGUGAAUCCAAAUGGAGCUGAUUGGACUCCUUGACACUGUCAGCGAGCUUGAGCACACUGUCAGAGAGCUUGAGGACGACCAGGGAGUCUGUUAUGACCAUGACGAGCCCAGUGAUGACGAUUUUGAGACAGAUCUGGAGAGUGAUUCAGAUGCUGCAGUGGAGGAUGAUGACGAAAUGGUCGAUGGCAUGGCUCCGACUCCCAAACGGAGGAAGCUGGCGAGGGACAAUGGACUCCAAAAAGCUAAAUCCACAGGAAGAUACCCCGUCUUUGGCGGUGUGGUCGGUCCUGUCGAUCAACUUGAUCCGUCUGUAACUUCAUGCCUAGAUUUUGUUAAGUUACUUUGGCCCGAUAGUUUGUGUGAGUACAUAGCCGAACAGACCAACCUGUACGCUAGGCAGUGUGGUGCUAAGGGUUGGUCAGCUACAAACAGUGCCGAAUUGUGGGUGUUUUUGGGGAUUGUACUAGAGAUGGGCAUUCAUAGGCUCCCUGAAAUUACGGACUACUGGUCCAAGGAUCCUCUUUUAGGUGUACAAUCUGUGAGCAAUGUAAUGUCGCUCAAAAGGUUCCAAAGUUUAUGGCGAUAUCUGCACUGUGAGGACAAUACGUCCAUCACUGAUGCACGUAAGGUAACUAGCAAGCUAAAAACUGUUUAGAGACUCUUAAAGCCAACUACUUCAUGAGGUAUAAUCCCAGCCAGGAGCUUUCCGUUGAUGAGAUGAUGAUAAAGUACAAGGGUCGUAAAAGCGGGAAAAUUCAUUUGCCCAAGAAGCCUGUUAAACUGGGGUUCAAGGUAUGGUGCUGCUCAUGUUCAUGCUGUGGGUAUCUCUGUGUGUUUGAUGUAUACAGUGGUAAGCUCACCGAUUCCUCUGGGAAAAAGAUAGCUGUGAAAGGGCUUGUGAAAAAUGUAGUCCAUCGUUUACUCACUCCUUUUUAUGGUCAUCAGCAUGUUGUGUACAUGGACAACUUUUACACGUCCGGUCCAUUGAUAGAAGAGUUGGCUAAGCAAAAUGUGUUUACUGUCGGCACAAUUUUGAAGAAUGCUG